UGCAGUGCUGGGCUCAGCAGGUCCCCUCCCAGGAAGGGAGGAACCUCAAGGGAGGCGUUCCCAGACUGGAUAGACCAGUCAGAGACAUUUUUGUUCAACCUGAGGUUUUGUUUCUCACACAACAGCACACAGGGCUUCCCUGUGAACUGAAAGACCGAGACAAACUAGAAGUACAGUGUAGUCAUGGACUCAUACUGUAUGCCAGCAUAUAGAGAAGGCUAACCCACAACUUUUAUGGAUAAUACCGCUCAACUUGUCGAAACAGUUGGGAAUGCUUUUGUGAAAGGCAGGUGAACUCUGCUCUCCCAGGGAGAUUACAGCAGGACAUGCUUCCUGCCACUAAACGGCUUGUCUUUACUUGCAGUUAUUUGCAUCUUGCUUGCACAGAGGAGGCUGAACUGUGCUACGGAGAACAUACAGUCAGUAGUAGACUGUAUUUGAUAUUAUGAAAGUCUACUAUGCAGAACCUGUUUGUGCCUCACUGAACAGGAAUACAGGAUAGUGUUGUUGUAAAUGGUGCCCGCCCUGAGAAGGUAAAAGGAGCUGGGGCGAUUUGUCCAUACAAAGGCCUUUUGUUCCCGGCCAGCAGUAGAGGUGGAAAAGGAGCAGCUUGGAAGGUGGGGGCAUUUGUGACAUUUUUAAUGGACAUUUUGCCAGGGCUACUACCUGUUUUGGUUUGCCUCUCUUUGGUCUCCGUGUGAAACGCAAAAAUGGACAGUGUGAGUAAUAACUCCGAUGGACUGGGGAGGCAGCCCACUAGUUCCCUCCUGAAUGUCUUCAGCAGUUUAUUCAGCCGAGAUACACCUGCCCCUUCAGACACGGAGUCGGCUGUGCUGACGUCUUUUAAGGAGCUGUCAGAUGAGGAGAAUCCUCUUCCGGAAGGCUGUCAAACCACCAACCGGGAGAACGAGCUCCAAGGGAGGGACAGAAUUAAUCAGAAUAAUGUGACUGCUUCCUAUGAUACAGGGCUCAGGGCUGAAUCACGGGAAACCUGCAAGGACCAGGUUAAAACAGCCGCAGGAGCCUUGGUUGAUCUAGAUCUGGUCCAGGUCACAAGAGUGGAAACGUACAGUGACAGUGAGGAAAAUGAGGAUGAGAAGGUGGCCAACAGCAGCACUAGUCUGUUGGAGAAGCUUGCCAGGACCAAGGAGCCUUCCCUGCCUGAGGAGGGUAAUAAUACAGUGGAGCAUGGUGAUGAAGAUGAGCUAAAAGAUGCCAGUGAGGCAGAAGCAGAGUACCAAGUGCCAGUGUUUAGAACACACAAACUUGAGGAUAGAUCACUAGCUAUUCUAUAUUCAGACAGGUUUGUCAACAGAACUAACUUGAGGCCAGUUUUGGUCUCUUCAGUUUCUAAACAGGGAGAUGGCUUCAGUCCCAAGGAGCGCACCACCAUCGUGUCUUUGGAUGUAGAAACAUCGGAUGCGGGAGAGAAUGGUGGAGACAAUGUGGGAAACAAUGAGAGUGAAGAGUUUGCCAACAUAGAUUGUUCUCUGCCUCUUCCUUCUAUCAUCUCUGGACAUCUGGCUUUGGAGGCCUCAGGUCAAAAUGCUCCAACAGCCUCUCCUUUAAAGCAGGAUUUAGAUAGAAUACAGAAGGAGGAGACACAUGAGCAAAGGGCUGAGGAUGGGACUGAGGAACCUCACUCCAACCAGGUGUCAUACUCUGCUGUUAUCACAAAUCACCCUACAGGGCUAAAAAAAAACAUUUCACUGCCAUCUGCAACUGAAGAGUCCCCAGGUGAUAUUCAGCCAAGUACCAGUCCUGCUAAACAGCAUAUAACUGCUCCAAAGACAUCAGCAACAAACACGCCACCUCCAGCUUCAUCCAAUCCACCCUCCUCUACCUCAUCCCCAUCCAGGGGCAAGGCGCUCUCUUCGCCCGCUUCCUUCCAGAUGCCAGCUCUCUUCAGUGGGUUGCGAGUGCUGAAGAAAGGAGCGGUGGGGGAGGACAGGGAAACGGUGUCAGAGAUCAAACAGAGUGAGAAGGAUGCUGACCUGGCCCUGCUCAGCCUGAAGAAGACAGUAAACAAAGCCAAGCUCUUCCCUGAGCAGAACACAGUCACUCCAGUCAAAAAACAUGCAGAGCCUAAACCUGUUAAAGACACAAAAAGCACUGUAAUGGGACACUUGAGUCAGCUUCUCAACGUAGACAACCAGGAUGAGACCAAAAAGGCAGAUGCUGGGCAGGAUGCUGACCCUGAAAACAGCAGAAAAGAGUCUGACAAUGGAGAAGAGGAAGCAGGAGAGAAAAUCCCAGGUCCACAAACUCCUACACCCCCACCCGAGAAAAAGAAGACCUCAGACUUGGCCUAUGAAACCUUCAAGAACAUCUUUGGCCCCAAAACAAUGAAAAAGGAAAAAUCAGAAGAUGUGGACCUGGAGGCCGUGAAAAAGAGAAUCAAGAGUGACAAGGAAAGCCUGAGGUCUAUUUUUGAGAGAACUUCCAAAUCUCCUGGCAAGGAACUCAACAGUCCCACAGAGGCUCAUACGGAGGUCACAUCUCCUACAGACAGUGAGGACCGGACCCCAGGGCGUCUUCAGGCUGUGUGGCCCCCACCCAAACCUAAAGACGAGGAAGAGAAGGUGGGGCUUAAAUACACCGAGGCAGAGCACCAGGCUGCUCUCUUGCAGCUGAAGAGAGAGUGCAAGGAAGAUCUGGAGAGGAUGCAUUCUGACUUUGAGCUGCAAAUCUUCCAACUGCGAGUUGAGCAUGCUGUCUCAAUAUCACAUCUGGAAGGAGUCAUUGCUAAGAUGCAAAGAGACAGUUAUAAUACAAGUCAGGACCGGGGUGAGGUCCGCGAUGCUGCUGUGUCCACUGCCGAUGACCUGACACCCAAGACCUACCGCACCGUGAGUAUCCAGACGGAACGGGAGACUUUCAUCAAGAGCCCUGAGGGUGACAGUGGAACCCUUUGUUCAGCACCACCAGAAUGUGCCGAAAAGACUCAACUGGACUCUAUUGGACUAAAUCUAAAAGCUGAAACGGCCCCAGGGGCUUCUGGACCACCCCCACCCCCUCCUCCGCCUCCGCCUCCCCCUCUCCCACCAGGCCUCUCGGGACCUCCCCCCCCACCCCCCCCACCUCCUUCUUUGCUAGGCAACACAGGAGCACCGCCACCGCCCCCCCCCACCUCCACUCCUGGAGGUGGUCUGCCGCCCCCACCACCCCCCUCCCCCGCCUGCCUACCUGGCGCUGGUCCACCUCCUCCUCCCCCUCCUCCAGGCUGUGGUCCACCACCUCCUCCCCCGAUGGGCUUCAGUUUCGACCAGAAGGUGGAGAGCACCACGAAACUUGCCAUUGAGCCAGCCUGUCCAAUGAAGCCUCUAUACUGGACCAGGAUACAGAUACAGGACAAUAACAACAACACACUCUGGGGUUCUCUGGAGGAACCGAACAUCGUCUGCGCCAAUGAGUUUGAGGAACUUUUCUCCAAGGCUACGCUGCAGCCAGUGAAGAAGCCCCUGUCAGACACCUAUGAGAAGAAGGCCAAAACUAAGAAGAUUAUCAAGCUGCUGGAUGGGAAACGUUCACAAGCAGUUGGUAUCCUCAUAUCGAGCCUGCAUCUGGAGAUGAAGGACAUUAAGCAAGCUGUUCUUACUGUGGACAACUCUGUGGUGGAUUUGGAGACCAUUGAGGCUUUAUAUGAAAAUAGGGCCACCAAUGAUGAGCUGGUCAAGAUAACGAAGCAUUAUGAGAAUUCUAAAGAAGAUGAAGUCAAACUGCUGGAUAAACCUGAACAGUUUCUCUAUGAGCUCUCUCAGAUUCCCGACUUUGCGGGCCGAGCCCACUGCAUCAUCUUCCAGUCGGUAUUUCUCGAUACCAUCUCCUCAAUCCGUCGCAAGGUGGAGAUAAUCUCGAAUGUCAGCAAAGAGCUGUUGGAGUGUAAUAGCUUGCGGGAUGUAUUAGGUCUCGUUCUGGCCUUUGGGAACUACAUGAACGGAGGGAACAGGACAAGAGGUCAAGCUGAUGGCUUCGGACUGGAGAUCCUCCCCAAACUAAAGGAUGUCAAGAGCAGAGACAAUCGUAUGAACCUGGUGGAUUAUGUUGUUUUGUACUACCUGCGUAAUUUUGACAAACAUGCCGGCACAGACAAGAGUGUGUUCCCCAUGCCAGAGCCCCAGGAUUUCUUCCAGGCUGGUCAGGUUAAGUUUGAAGACCUCACCAAGGACAUCAGAAAGCUGAGGAAAGAUCUGACUGCUUGUGAGAAAAGUGUGCAGAAGGUGUGUGCUAACUCGUCAGAGGAAAACCUCCAGCCCUUCAAGGAGAAAAUGGAAGGAUUCAUCUCUGCCGCUCAAAAGGAGCAUUCAGCUGAAGAGGAACGACUCAGUUCAGUGCAGAGAAGUUUCCAGGACAUGGUGAGCUACUUUGGGGUGAAGCCAAAGUCCGGGGAGAAAGAUGUGGCCCCAAGUUACGUUUUUAUGUUUUGGUACGAGUUUUGCAACGACUUCAAGAACUCCUGGAUACGACAAAACAAGAACAUCUCCAAGGAGAGGUUGAAGGAAGCUCAAGAAAACAUCAAGAAGAUCACAGCAGAGAAGAGAGUUGAAACCAAGAAGAUCAAUGGCAACAGUCUGAAAGAGAGGCUGCGGCAGAAGGAAGCCAGCGUUCUUCCAGCUGAGUGAUAGGACUAGUAGCUGCAGAGAAAGGACGAGGUUGGUGUAGAUCACAGAUCAGAAAAUGUGCCGGCCUUAUUUCUCCUGCGUUUCGAUUCGGACUGCCCACUGUGCACCACCAUAAAGACUCACAAUAAAACCUCACGUAUUACUCCCAAUGCUCUAUAUCUCUGCUCUACAAACCCCCGCCCUUCCCCAACCUAACCUCCACCCCCCUGUAUACAAGCUGGGCCUGCAGCAAGGAUGCAUGGCUGACAUAGCCAAAGUGAUGAGAGUCUCCAAGGCCAAAGGUUGAUCUCAUUCAUCCAGCAGGGCACGACCUCUUGAGUGCCCAGCUUGUGAAAGGUCUCAAGGGUUCAAUGGGAUUCACAACAGCUGACACAUCCAAGAGUUUCCUUCUUGGUCUACAAGAGCUGAGAAUUUUUUUCUUUCUCAACUGUAGAUGUUAGACAGCAGAGUGAUAAUGCUCCUAUAUACUCAAAGUGUUAAGACGUUGUGACCUGAAGAAGAAAAUCCCUGUUGACAAAACAAAUCUCUCUCUCUUUCUCUCUGGAAGUGGUAAAAAAAGCAGUUGCUAGUGUUACUUGCUGUAGUGAAAAAGCUUUUCAUUCACCAUGGCUCAUUAAAAGUCUUGUAAAUAUGUCAUGUUGUAGAAUUGGCAGGGACUGUGCAGCUUUGAGGAGUAUGAUAAAAUGACCCCCCCACACACACGCACGCACGCACGCACAUACUUAAGAACAUAAGUAGAACACAACAAGUUUUGGCCGUUCAACCACUUUCACCCAAGAUAUCACGAAAAGUUGCUAAUCUUUUGUGCUGUGCAUCACAUUGUGUCCGGCACACCUUUUAAGCACUUUACUGUUUGCUGUAGCUGUAUGUUGUAGCUCGCCAUAAGGCACACUCCCCUGUUAAUGCAAACUGCGUGGAUUUUUUUUUUUUAAGGAUGUGCACUUUUUUUGCACCCCUUUUUCUAUGCAAGGGUAUGUUCGACUUAGAUAAUUUAUGAACUGUAUUGCUUGAUGAAAUCCUAAUAGAUAUUUUUCUUUAAAAAGUUGAUUGAAGAAUAUGUUUUCUUUUCGCAAAUGUAAGAGGUGACCAAGCUCCUGUCUCCUUCAAGAAAAGUAUAUUUAUGUAAGGAAAGAUUUAUUUUCUGCCAAAAAGCAUCAGCUUUGUUCCCUUUUGAGGUUGUAUUUUUAUGAGUUGUAAUCGACUGAGAAGCUUCCAAAUAGUUCAGUCGGAUGAAAGAUAUAUUUUCACUUGGAUAUCACUUUUCUGUUGUGCCCACUAAUUCACAGUGUACGCGGCGAUAUGAUAUGUGGUGUUUAAGUAAUUAUUUAGAAUGAAGAUGGCCUUUUCUGUUCAGAUUUGGAGAGAUGAGGGUUGUAUUUUAGGUAUUGAGAAUAUUUUAGCAUAUCACCUGAAGCCAUGUGAGUUAGUAUACCUCAGACAGACUUUCAUUGUCAGAGUAUCCAUGAAACUGCACCUUGAAUUACAUGUUUUACCCUCCAAAGUCUUUCACCUGUGCCAUUUAUUUUGUAAAAAGAAAAUCUAGAUAUUUCAUAAACUGCUAUGUUUUGCUUUAGAGGGAUUGAAAAGCAAAAAAGAGCUGAUACCGACCAAGGAACUGCUGUGGUCGGUAUGUAUGUAUGUAUGUAUGUAUGUAUGUAUGCCGGGUUGAUAUAACCUUCAGUAGCUCUAAUAUAUAGGUGCUCUGUGAUUUUAUGGAAUUGUUUUAAAUUUCAAGAUUAAACUGCUGGAUGCUGAACAAACUGGA